AUGCAGCUAUCCUCCUUAAAUCAAGGAAGAAUGAACUAUCGUAUCCCAUCUGAGCUUCGAGCUGGUCCAGGACAGUUCCUUACUGGACUGCGUGACGAUGAUAGCCUUCUCCGUCAGGUCUUUUUCUCCAUCCUGCGCCACCAUCAUCCAAAUUUAGCGGCGAAGGUUGAUGUCAUCUACGCCUUGAGCCAGGCGUGGUGCACAAGUCAGUCGGAUUCGGAUUUUGAGCUGUUGGUCAAGUACGUCACGGAUCUUAAACCCGAGGAGCGGAUCUUGGUGGCCAGUUCCUUCAGCCACAUGCUCAACCUGCACAACCUGACCGAGGAGGUCAACAGCAGCCAGAUCGGUCGGGCAGUGCGACUGGGGGAGAUGGACUCGCCCACGCGGGACACCAACCACUCGCUGCUCAAGUUGACCGCGGUCAACGGCCUCACGCCGCAGCAGGUGUACGACACGUUGUGCAACCAGACGGUGGAGCUGGUGCUGACCGCGCACCCCACCCAGGCCCUCCGCGCCAGCCUGCUGAAAAAGUACGCCAUUGUACGGCGGGAGCUGGAUACGCUGCAUUCCAAGCGUAUGAGCGAGUACGAGAAGAUUGAGACGCUGGAGGCUAUUCGUGCUGCCGUACAAGCGGCUUGGCGCACGGAUGAGAUUCGGAGAUCCAAACCAACACCGCAGGACGAGAUGCGGAGCGGUCUGAGCUACUUCUCCACCGUCCUGUUCGACGUGGUGCCCGUGUUCCACCGGCGAGUGGAUACGGCGCUGGAGAAGAUGGGGCUGCCCCGGCUGCCCCUGGAUAAGGCCCUCUUCAAGUUUGGCAGCUGGAUGGGGGGCGACCGCGAUGGGAACCCCAACGUGACUGCUGAAACCACCCGGGACGUGGUGGUGCUGGCCCGGCUGGAGACGGUCAACGCGUACUUCAGACAGGUGGAGAGCCUGAUGUUCGACUUGAGCAUCUGGAGGUGCAGUUCGGAGCUGAAGGAGCUGGCCGAGCGUAUUGCCGCCGCGGAGAGUCGCGAGGCCGCCCGUGUGGCCGAGGAGCGCAAGAAGCGCAACUACGCGGACUUCUGGGCGCCCAUACCCGCCACUGAGCCGUUCCGAGUGGUGCUGUCGCACAUGCGGGACAGACUGUACAACACACGACAGGUAUGUGAAUGUAUAAUGUGUGGGACAGGGGGGCAUAUCUUCACCCGUGGCCGCUACCCGGCCAAACCCUGCCUUCCCCGGUGUUUCGGGACACCCUCAUCCAGUCACCCUAGUCAACUUCUCAGUGGAUCGCUCAGGUUCUGCACCCACCACCGGCAUCCAACGGAAUCUGCCGAAUCGACGGCGGCUCAACUCCAUUCCUGGUCAGCUCGCGAGUCAACUUUAUCCCAGGUCACCACCGUCCAUCAACUAGGGGCACUUUACCUUCCACCAUCGGAAGGAUUUUUCGACCCUUACAGGUUUCGAUCCCGGGAUGGCAGGCGGCCCCUCAUGCCCCCCGGCAUGGACGUGCAUCCCGAUGUGAAGGAGGUGGUGGCGACUUUCAGAAUGCUGUCCGAACUGCCGCAUGACAGCCUGGGCGCCUACAUCAUCUCGAUGGCUAAGACAGCUUCCGAUGUGUUGGCGGUGGUGCUGCUGCAGAGGGAGACGGGCGUGCGCCCCGCCCUCCGGGUGGUUCCUCUGUUCGAGACGCUGGAUGACCUGCACAACGCCCCGGAGACCAUGACCACGUUGCUCAGUAACGACUGGUAUAGGGCCCACAUAAACGGAAUGCACGAGUGCAUGAUCGGCUACAGCGACAGCGGCAAGGACGCCGGUCGCCUGGCUGCAGCCUGGGCCUUGUACGAGACACAGGAGAAGCUGGUGGCUGUGGCGGCUAAGUGGGGGACCCGGCUGGUGCUGUUCCACGGUCGGGGCGGAACCGUGGGUCGCGGUGGCGGCCCGACCCACAUGGCCAUUCGCAGCCAGCCCUCCGGAACCAUCAACGGUCACCUCCGUGUUACGGUUCAGGGGGAGAUCAUCGAGCAGCAGUUCGGUGAGAAGGAGGUUUGCUUCCGUACGCUGGAUCUAUACACAAGUGCCGUACUGGAGGCCGCUCUGGAUCCUUCCCCCGCCCCCAGGCAGGAGUGGCGGGACCUCAUGACCCUGCUGGCUGCCGACAGUUGCGACAUGUACCGCUCUAUCGUAUACCGUACACCGGAGUUUUACGACUACUUUAUGCAGUCCACGGCAGCGAGUGAGCUGGGUCGUCUGAAUAUCGGCUCCCGGCCCAGCAGCCGCAAGCAGGGGGGCAUUGAGACGCUGAGGGCCAUUCCCUGGAUCUUUGCCUGGACGCAGCAGCGCCUGCACCUGCCCGUGUGGCUGGGUAUUGGGGAGGCGCUGGAGAAGGCCGCGGAGAGGGGCUACCAGCCGGUACUUCAGGACAUGUACGCCAACUGGCCCUUCUUCACCUCCACCCUCGACCUGGUAGAGAUGGUGCUGGCCAAGGCGGAUGCCAGGUUGUCCGCCUUCUACGAGCGGACGCUGGUGGAGCCGCGGCUGGCGGACCUGGGAGAGAGGCUGAGGAACCUUUUGUCCAAGACCCAGUCCCACAUUCUGAUCGUCGUCCGCAAGAGCGCGCUGCUGGAGGGCAACACCCCCUCCCAGAUGUCUACUCCCAACCUGGAUGAGAAGAUCCGGCUGAGGAGUCCCUACGUGGCGCCGCUCAACGUGCUGCAGGCUCUGAGUCUCAAGGGCCUCCGAAAGUUCCGGGAGCAGGGACAUGGGGAGUACAAUCCGUCCGACCCGGAGAUCAUCGAUCUUCUGUCCCGCGACCCGCACAAGAAGGGCGACGGCGCACAGCACCCCUACGUGUCCGCGAUGGACGACUGUCUGAUGAUCACCAUCAAGGGCAUUGCGGCGGGUGAGUGGGUGAUAGAGGGGGGGGCGGCGGCUGAAUUGGGGAGGAGAGGGGAAAGACUGAAGAGAGGGAGGGGUAGAGAAGAUGGAUCAGCGGAAGGGAAGGGUACAUAUGGAAUGUAA